UAGUUUGUUGACUGUUUAAGUUUCGUUUCAUUAUUUCUUUAUAAUAAUAAUACAUGAGUUUACAAAGUAUUUUGAGGAAGUUUUAAAAUGGUAGUUUUAUUAUGAAUAACUUCAAUACAGAUCUUGCUGUUGAACUUAUUAAAACGUUAGUGGAUAGAAAUCGGUGUGUCACUUGUGAUCUACUAAAUGAACCAAUUGUGAGAUAUCCUUGUGGGCACACUGCCUGCAAAACUUGCUCCGAAACUGCUGAAGAUUGUUUACUUUGCCUUUCACCACCCACUGUUUCGACUAAUUCUGUUGAUACACCUUCAAGUGAACGCGUCAAAAAUGCUUCACAUCUUUUAUGCACAUUUCAAGAAUUAUUUAAUUUAGAUGUUUACAGAAGACAUAGACUAUCUGAGCAAUUAAAGUUAGAAAAACAACUGUUUCCAAAAUGUAUUCAGGCACCUACAAAAUAUUGUAAUAAAAGGAAAAGCAUAAAAGAUUUAAAAGAUAAAGAAAAUUCAAGAGUUUCAUUUAUAGCUGGUGAAAAUAUUUCUCAUGUUUCAAAAAUGGACAAUUCUAUAAAUUACGUUCAGCAAUGGUUAAAAACGAAUGAAUCUAUAUCAAGGAAGUCUAAUAAUAAAUUACCUCGUAAACCAUUAGGUGACUUAAAUGUGAAUGAACAAAGUUUUACUAAACAUAGCUUAGUUUCCAAAGUCAAUAAUAAUCGAAACUCUUAUCAUAAGAGAAAACAUAUUAAAAUUAUUGAUAGUGAUAUCAAACAGAGGCUUUUACCUAAAAAGAGAAAAACUGAUUCAUACCGAGAACUUAGAUCUUCAAAAGACAACAUAAAAUUUAAUUUUAAUAAGAAGAGUAAGUGUGAAAAUGAUGAAAGUGGUAUUUUUGUGGAUGAGGAAAUAAUCAUUAUAGAUAGUAGUCUAACAGAAUGUAAAGAUAAGGAUGAAUUGGCUCUAAUAGCUGUUAGAAAGGCUGAAGAAUCUACCUCCAGUGAUUUUAUAAGUUUCGAUGAAUCAAAUGAUAAAGUUAUUUCUAAAAUAAUUGAUACAUCAAACCCUGAGAUAGAGACUAAUUCAUACAAAGUACCAUUUUAUAAGAAAAGUUUACUCCAUAAAAUUUGCAAUGAAUGCAAAGUAGACAAAAAUAACAUAGAAAACGUUGACAAUAAAAACAACCUCUCAGUUAUAAUUGAUAGUGACAAAUAUGUUACAACUAUUAAGGUUUCUCAGUGUCCUGUAACCAAUGUUGAAGUAGUAAAUAAACAAUCGGUUCAAAUACAAACUGAUGCACAUAUUACGGAAACUAAUGAAGUUGAUAUGGAUGAGAUUAAUACUAAUUUUGGAAACAAUACUGAAGCUCAAAGAAGCAGUCUAAAAGUUUUGUCAUUAUUACACGAAAAGGACAUAAAAAGCGCUGAUAUGUCUAAGGAGGGUGCUAAAAUCUCAAAACUAGAUAAAAAUGAAGAAAAUAAUUUGAAAAAUUCUAAAGAUGUGUCUAAUAUUAUACCUUUAGCAAGAGAUAAAUGUCUUGUAAUAGAGGAAUCAGAUACAGAUAGUGAUAUUAAUGAAAUAGAAAGUACAAUUGAAGUUACUGCUGAGGUCCACAGAGAGGAAACUUGCUUUGAUUUUGGUGUUUUGUCUGCACUUGAGCCCAAUGAGUAUGAAACAAGGAUGAAGAGGAAUACUUUGAGAGGACAUACUCCACUGAGCACUGACUCGUCUGACAAAGAAAAUUAUGAUCCAAACAGAAUGAAAAAACAGAAACUUUGUAAAAAAAAUUGCAGCAAAAAAUAAUCCCAGGGUAGGACUAUUCUACGUUAACAAUAUGUUUAAGUUAUUUUAUUUGUUGCAAAAUGUUUUUAUUUAUUUUUAUAUUUUAAUUCAAUUAAAAAUGAUCUUUUACUUUGUCUUUUGUAUGUUGGAUACCUUUGAAUUUUACAUUGAAAUAAAGAGGUUAGUGAGUAAAUUCAUAAAAAAUUUUAGCUAA